UUUGAGGUUGGGGAUAUAUAUAUUCGUUUGUGCUUUGGAACGUACCAAGAAAGCACAUUUGGUAUCAAUCGACGUGCAAUAGUACUACUACUUGUCUCGUUGGUUCUCUUCCUCAUUCAGAUUGCUUCCCUAGGAAAAUGGGGAGCGUGAAGAGAACAGAGCCCAAGGGUACGAGGUUGACAGAUAUUGUUUUCUCUUGGUCUAUUGCUGAUGUGCUGAAAAGAGAUCUUUACAAGCAUAAGGUAAUGGAAAUUCCGAAGACAUUUUCUACGACAGGUGAUUACAUGAAGUCAUUCAUCUUCCCUCUUAUUGAGGAAACACAUGCCGAUUUACUCUCAAACAUAAAAUCAGUGUCUCGUGCACCUACCUGUAAAAUUUUGGAUGUUCAUAUAUCUAAAGAUUAUGAGCCUCCAAAAGACUUGUAUUAUGACAUCUUUUUCAAGAGAGAUACUGAAAAUGAUAGAGUCAAUGAGCCAGAGGUGGGAAAUACUGAGAAUGAUAAAGGAAUGUAUGAGCCUGAGGCGGGAGAUCUCAUUGCCUUGACAGAAGGGAGACCGAAAUGCAUUAAUGAUUUGAACACGUCUAAACGUCCCUAUCUUGUUGCUUUAGUUCAUAAAAAAGGGGCAUCGGAUUUUGAUAAACUUACAAUCCUUUCAUCCAAGCCCAUCAUCUUUAAUCGAGAAAUGAAAGAGGAUAAGAAGAGAGAGACUCUUUUUGCUGUUUAUCUUACAAACAUGACGACGAACAUUCGUAUAUGGAAGGCACUGAACUCAGAGCUCGAAGGGAGAAACAUGAACAUCAUAAGAAGUGUGCUGCUGCCAACUGAUUCCACAUUUGGGGCAAAUUGUACUCGGUGCCAAUCUGAAGAAAAUAUGAGUACUGGUAUAUCAAAUGCAAGGGAUGCUGUUUCCUCUUUUAAGCUGAAUGAUUCCCAAAAGGAUGCUAUUGUGAGUUGCAUUGCUACAAGAGAAUGCUAUCAUCAGAAUUCUGUCAAGCUAAUUUGGGGUCCUCCAGGGACUGGGAAGACGAAGACGGUUGCUUCGUUAUUAGUUGCUCUGUUCAGGAUGAAAUGCAGGACACUGACAUGUGCCCCAACUAAUGUUGCAGUUAUAGGAGUUACUGCGCGGCUUAUGGGAUUGGUACGGGAUGCACUUGAAUACAGUACUUACGGGUUGGGAGAUAUUGUGUUAUUUGGUAAUGGGGAGCGAAUGAAGAUUGAUGAUCAUGAUGAACUUUCUGAUGUUUUCCUUGAUAAUCGAGUUUCCAUUCUUGCAAAUUGUUUGUCUGGAUGGAAAAAUAAUGUAGUAUCUAUGAUAUGUCUGUUGGAAAAGUCUGAAGAGCAGUACCAAUUGUAUUUGGAAAAGGAAAAGGAAAAGGAAAAGGAAAAGGAGAGGGAUGAUGAUGGAGAUGACAAAGAAGAGGAGGAGGUGGAGGUGAAGGUGGAGGGAGUGUUUGGUGAUGAAAAGUUACAUAGCAGUCGAGAGAAAAAGGACAACAUCUGUGAUCAUGAUGACUUCAUGAGGAAAGAGAAAAAUUUGAAGAAGGCUGUUGCUCAAAUCUUAAAGGAAAACAAUAACAAGGAAGAAAUUGACAAGCCGCUUUCUCGGAGCAAAAAUCAGUUGAAAUGUGAUGAAAAAGAAAAAGGAGAGGCUAGUGAUAAGGGUGAUGCUAUUUUGACAUAUGAGGUGUUUGUUAAAAAGGAAUUUAAUUACAUUGGAAAUCAGCUGACUCUUAUUAUUAAAAAUUUGUAUACUCAUAUGCCAACAUCUUUUGUUUCGUUGGAAGUAGUAGAGAAAAUGGUUAAAGCUCUUGGUUUGCUUGAAUCUAUCAGAGAACUACUGAAUGGCGUUGCUUUUGCAAGUGAGGGAUUAAGAGAAGUCCUCAAUAGAAGUGAACAUGUAGGAAACAGGGUUAAACACCUUACGAAAUUGCAAUUGGAUCAGACAGAGUGUCUACAAAUACUCAAAUAUCUUUCUGAAACGUUCUCUACUCCAAAUUUUUCUGAUUAUUAUAAAAUUCGAGAUUUUUGCUUGCAAAAUGCAUACUUGAUAUUCUGCACUGUUUCGAGCUCUGUUAAAUUGCAUACUGAAGGAAUGACACCACUUGAAUUGUUGGUUAUUGAUGAAGCUGCUCAGCUUAAAGAAAGUGAAUCGACUAUUCCUUUGCAGCUACCUGGUCUUCGUCAUGCUAUACUUGUUGGUGAUGAGCGCCAACUUCCUGCAAUGGUUCAAAGCAAGAUUUCCGGAGACGCUGGAUUUGGAAGAAGCUUGUUCGAGAGGCUAGUAUUACUAGGACACAAAACACACCUUCUUAAUGUCCAAUAUAGGAUGCAUCCAUCAAUAAGCUUAUUUCCAAACAAGGAGUUCUAUGGUAAACAAAUUUCGGAUGCUCCAAAUGUAAAAGAAAGUACCUAUGAGAGGCAUUUCCUCCAAGGAAAGAUGUAUGGAUCCUACUCUUUUAUAAAUGUAACCGAUGCAAAAGAGGACUUGGGCGGGCAUAGCAGGAAAAAUAUGGUGGAGGUUGCUGUGGUAGCUGAGAUAGUUGCAAACCUCUAUAGAGAAUCUGUUGCUAGAAAACAGAAGGUCAGUAUUGGUUGUAUAUCGCCAUACAAGGCUCAGGUUUUAGCAAUUCAAGAAAAACUCGGAAAGAAAUACAAUUCAGAUGCAGAAAGCGACUUCUCUGUGAAUGUUCGCUCAAUUGAUGGCUUUCAGGGUAGCGAGGAGGAUGUGAUUAUAAUCUCUACAGUCAGAUCCAAUGCGAGUGGAGAAGUGGGCUUCCUUUCCAAUCAUCAGAGAACAAAUGUGUCUCUGACACGAGCGAGAUAUUGCCUCUGGAUAUUGGGGAAUGAAGAAACCUUAACUGACAGGGGCUCUAUUUGGAGCAAACUAGUCAUGGAUGCCAAGGCUCGGGAUUGUUUUUUUAAUGCUAAUGAAGAUGGGAAUUUGGCUCAAGCUAUUAUCACUGCCUUAAUUGAGCUUAACCAGCUUGAUACUUUACUCAACAUGAAUUCCCUACUGUUCAGAGAGGCGAGGUGGAAGGUUUGCUUUAGUAAUGAUUUCUUGAGGACCAUGGCAAAAAUUAGGGACCUAAAGACCAGUAAGGAAGUGCUGUCUCUUUUGACAAAGCUUUCAAGUGGUUGGCGUCGGCCUCAAGAGGAUAAAAUUCUCAGUGACAUGAAUGGGGUUUCUUCUCAACUGUUGGAGAAGUACAAUGUCAAUGGGCAGCAAAAUCUCAUUUGGACAGUAAGCAUUCUCAGGGAAAAUUCAAACUUCAUCCAGGUUUUAAUGGUUUGGGAUGUUGUGCCAUUGUCCAAGAUACCCGAACUAGCAAAGCGUCUUGACAUCAUAUUUGGGGAUCUUUCAGAGGCUACUAUGAAUCUAUGCAUACACAAAAGCGUCGAAGGGGGCUUAGUGGUUCCAAUGAAAUGGCCGGCAGAUUCUAGUGCCGAUUGGAAGAAUGCGCGUGCCAUGACUGAUUCUAUAGAGGUUUUACAGAGCCAAUUCGCUUCACUGAGUGUUAGUGAUGCAGCGGGAUCAUCAUCAUCAUCUACGAGUUACCGAACUCAUAUGAAUACCAAAAUCAAGAGUGGAGCGAAUACGUUUUGGCCCAAAAAGACAAACAGAUGGUAGAGUGGGGUUGCAUAACUGAGGUGUGAGGGAUGGCGAUUCACAAAACUUCCCACCACCACACCACCACCACCUAUAGUCGAAGCCACGGCGAAAUGCAUACAUGCUGAUGAUUUCUUGGACAAUUUAUAGCAUGGCAUAGUAUCUUAAGCACAAAUACUCUGUCAUUGAUAAAAAGAUUUGAAAAUGUUUGUAUUCAAGAUUACAAGUAUAUAAACUGUGUAUGUCCUUUAUAUGAAUUUGUGUAAUGAGAUUGUGAAUAUAUACAAGUGGGAAAUUUGUAAUGCUAAUUAUAAUUAAACUACUCGAUUCCUAAAUACCAGCAUUAUUGAAA